UAUAAGUACUCAAAUUAAAAUCAAACUAUCACCCAUAAUCAUACAUACCCUUCUAAAUUUAAGGACCUUCUCCUUUAUUUUCCCUUCUCAAAUCUCCCAUCUCCAAUUGUAACAUCCCUCAAGUGUCCCCCCUGUGAAUAUCUCACGUGCAAGAACCUACUACCCAGUAACCUAUAAUACUGUUACUGUUAGUACUCCCACUACUCUGUCUCUUCUUGGAAAUACAAUUCUUUUUCAGCUUUCUGGGUUUUUUUUUUUUUUUUUUUAUCACUUUCUUUAUUUAAACCCACCUUUUUUUCUUGGUAUCAUUACCAUCUUUUUCUUCCCUUUUUAUUACCAAAUCUAAUCAUUAAUUACUUUGAUUAAUCAUGGCUUUAGAUGCUGUAAUCUUCUCACAAGACCCACUAAUUACCCCAAGUUUUAAUUAUUGUCCUAGUAAUUUUGGUAUGAGUACUUAUGAGUUUGCUAAUUACUACUAUUAUCCCUCUAUAUUAGAGGAUAAUAAUACUAAUAAUAAUAAUAAUGAUAAUAAUCUCAAAGUACCCUUUAAUGAUGGGUUACUUGAAGUUAAUAAUAAUGAUAAUAAUAAUGUUAUUCCAUGUAAUUUAUUUACUCCUUCUGAAUUAAUGAAUAUUGAAUGGAAUCAGCAAUCAGAUCAUCAACAAUAUGUGCCUCUAAAUUUAUCGUCAUCGCCGGAGGAGAGUUUAUAUCUCUCCGGUCAAGCUCAGCCGCCACGUAUUAAUCUCGUGGCCCAGACGAAAACAGGGGUGAGGCCACGGAGGAAGUCGCGGCGGCGGAGUAGUAAGAAUAAAGAGGAAGUGGAACACCAAAGAAUGACUCACAUUGCCGUUGAGAGAAAUCGGCGGAAACAAAUGAAUGAAUAUCUGGCUGUUAUUCGUUCCUUGAUGCCUCCUUCUUGUGUUCAAAGGGGCGAUCAAGCAUCAAUAGUAGGAGGAGCAAUAAAUUAUGUGAAAGAGCUAGAGCAACUAUUACAAUCAAUGGAGACAAGGAAGAUAUCCAAAAAAGACGACCAACAACCACCACCACCACCGUCUCCUUCAGAAGGCAACGUUGGUGGUGAAAAAAGAAGUGCAUGGCCGGAAAUAUUUAAUGAUUUCUUCAGCUUCCCACAAUACUCAACUCGGUCAAAAUCGGAGGGUAACUCAGUGAUGAAUAGUUGUAAUAGGAGUGUAGGAGACAUAGAGGUGACAAUGGUAGAAAGCCAUGCAAACGUGAAGAUAAUGGCGAAGAAGAAACCAAAACAACUUGUUAAAUUAAUAGCAGGAUUUCAGGGUCUUCGUCUUAAUGUUCUUCAUCUUAACGUCACUACUAUUCACUCUUUCGUCCUUUACUCUUUAAGUCUCAAGGUCGAAGAAGGAUGCCAGUUGAGCUCAGUUGAUGAUAUUGCGGGAGCAGCUAAUCAUAUACUUGGUCAAAUCGAAGAAGAAACUACAGAUCAUUUACUUUGAUUAAACCGUAAUUUAUGCUUGUUAUUAAUCUGUAUUAGCACUUAAUUACCAACACUAAUGGCAACAGGGUGGCUUUUUUUUCCAAUUAUUUUAAAGUUAUUCCCUCCUGUUCUUAAUGGAUUGCCAACAUUAUCCACUUUUUAAAGAUUGUUCGGACUUUUUGGACCAAUCAUAUCACUAUUAUCUUUUUCUUUUAUAUACUUAAUCUAAUAGCAUCAACCCUUAUAGCUAUUAUCCUCC